CUAGCAAGAUUUAUUAAAUAUUUUUACUUUUUUCUUUUUAGAAUCAAUUGAAAAAUGGACACAUAAUGCUAUACUUUUGUUGAUCUCGCUAUAUAAAGAAAAGUCGUAUAUGUUGGGCAAAGAAUCCCAUAAAAAAAUGUGGAAUCUAAUUUCCCAACGCAUGAAGGAAAAACAAUAUAACUUUACAGUCACUCAAUGUUAUAAUAAAAUGGACACUUUGAAACGACGGUAUCGUCAAAUUAUCGAUCACAACGCUCAAAGUGGAAAUGAUAAAAAAGAAUGGAUAUAUUUAGAGUCAUUAGAUGAGCUCUUUUGCAAUAAACCAUGGGUAAAACCAAUAUCUGUAGCGGGAUCAAACAUUAGAGAAUCUGAAAAGUCGGUAUUCAAUGAUAAUGACUCGCCAAAAAAACAAAAGAAAAUCUCAUUACAUGAAGAAAAAGCUAAUUAUUUGCGGACAUCACUAGAAGAAAAACGUAUAAAACGAGAAGAAACAGCUAAAUAUAGAGCAGAAAAAUUAAAAAUUUUAAAAGAUUUAAAAGAAAUUUUUCAAACAAGAAAGUGAUAUAAACAUUUGAUGAAAUCUUAGCAGAAUAACUAACUAAUAAUUUUAAAACAACGUUUUAUGCUUGAAAUCUUUUGACACAAUAACUGUUUUUGAAGUCUUAAAAGUAUAUUAUGUGUACGAAGAUUGUCUUUGUAUACAUAAUAAAGAUUUAAGACUUGAGAUACAAAACAAUUAUGUGUCGCAAGACUUAGAGCAUAAAAUAUUGUGAAAUUACAAGUUAUAUAUUCAUUUAAGAGCCUCAGGAAAGAAAAAGUACACAAAUUAAAACUAUUAAUAAAUUCCUGCAUAUACAAGACUGCAUAUAAGAAAUAUUAAAAUAUCGUACAUAUUAU